UCCUGUUUCCGCCGGGCCGCGGGAGCGUAGGACCAGCUUCCGGCAGGCUGCGCCGCGUGUGCCCCCCGGUUUCCGGUCCGCUGUGGGUCUCAGCUGAGAACAUGGGCAAAGUGAGGAGUCUGCGGGCCCGGGUGCACCAGGCUGCCGUGAGGCUCACGAGGGAGGCCGCGCCCGGCCCCGCGCCCCCGGCCCGGGAGGCGGCCCCUCCGCAGGCUUCGGCUGGCGGGGUCGGAGGGAAGGAGUGGGCUUUCCCGAGCGCCGGUGUCUUCGCUGGGACCACGAUAGACCCCGGUGCCCUGGUGCAGAAGCUGGACGAGGACGUGAGGAGCAGGGCCUCCACCAGGAGAGGUGUGGAGACCAAGGCUGUUCUGCCCAAGAAGGAGAAGCUGAAGCUGAGGCGCGAGCGGUGGCUGCACAAAAUUGAAGCCAUCAAGCUGGCGGAGCAGAAGCGCAAGGCGGAGCGGAGGCGGCAGGCCACAGUGGUGGUGGGGGACCUGCAGCCCCUGAGGGACGCCCUCCCUGAGCUGCUGGAGCUGGAGGCCGGCGGCCGGCGUCUCCCUGCCAGACGUGGGGCUGCCAGCAGGCCUCGGCCAGCCGAGUUGAGCCGGAUGAACGCGGCACAGAGGCUGCAGCUCCUAGAGGAAGAAAGGACGCGGUUUCAGGAGCUGCUGGCCAGUCCGGCCUACAGAGCCAGCCCCCUGCUGGCCAUUGGGCGGCAGCUGGCCCAGCAGAUGCAGCUGGACGGCAGCCAGCCCUGACCCGGCCCUGGGGUGUGCGUGAGCUCCGAGGACGCACAGAGGGCCGAUUGCACCACCCGCCCUGCACCACCAGGCCCCUCAUGACGGUGGCUGUGGUCCUCGGCGCAGCUGGGCCCCGUGAGUGGGGGAGAGGAGCGGUUUACACGGCAGCAUUGUGACAGCCUGUUUUGCAAUGAAACAAGCGCUGGGAAAACGGCAGGAUGUGUGUGGGGCUGGAAGCCGGCCGCCCAGGCGGCGGUGCGGCCCCGUGGCCUGCCUCCUUCACGCUUCCCUGUUUUGUCUGAGUUUGUCAACAGCAACCGCACAUUUAUUAUAUAUUAUUUUAAGAGAGAAUCCUGGCUUCCUGGUUCUCCAGGGACUCCAGGGCGUGGCUGGACCACCUCCUGGUGACGCCCUCUGUCAGGGCCCCUGACUUCCCCCCGCACCCCAGGACCUUCCCUGUGGCCGCGUGGCGGCCAUGCCAGAGCGGAGGACGGGGACGUGAGGUGUGAGCCGGCUCUGCUGUCCCUGCUGGUGAACCUCGGACCCCGCCCCGGAGUGUGGCUGGAGAAGCCACAGAUGUGUGGGGACCGCCCCCCAGAAGAGCCCUGCUGCCCAGACAGGCGCGGGCCGGGGCUGAGAGCAGGAGUGCAGGUUGGAGAGCUUUGCCGGGAGCUUCUGGCUCGCCCCGUGCAGGCUGCCCUGUCUGAGUGGAGGGACCUCCGCGUUUGUAUAUCUGUUUUUUAAUCUUUGUAGAAUGAACUUGGAUUACUUGGUAAUAAAUUUAAGUGACAGUGAAA